CACCUGUGACUGAGCAGGAAGGACAAGGCCCUGGGUCCCUCCCAGCAGCCCUCAGGUUGGCCUGGGCCUCAGCUCUUGGAUCAAGGUCACCUUCCUGGGGGAGUGACCACAUGCCCGCUGUCCCUAGCCAUCCUGGCCUGUGGCCUCUCCUGGGCUGCACAGGGGCUGUGCUCCUCCAGGGGCCUGGCGGUGGGGCUGAGCUGGGCCCCCGAGAGACAGGAGACCCCUGGUCAGCGCCAUGUCCUGUGGCUUCACGCCCUCCUCCUCCGGGGUUGUCCUGUCAUCCCUAGAGUACCUGUCCCAUCCUGGUGUUGUUAGAGUCGGGUCUGUCCCCUCAGGCUGUGGCCCGUCAUCUGGUACAUGGUCCUCUGUCCCUUCCGCACGCGCUUGUUCCGGGCAGUGGUCACAAAUCCCCGUCUCCUCUUCCCCCGUGGGGUCUCCCACCUUCUCUGACAUCCGCGCCCACAGGAGGCCCCGAUGGUCCCUGUCAACCAUCUCAUUUCUUUUCUUUCUCAUCAACGUCAUGUGGAGACGUGGUCAACGCUCCAGUGUCCCGGACCUGCCUGGGAAAGCGGCUCUGCACUACGGGGGCUCUAAGGAGACUGUGGGGUCUCCACCCAGUGCUGAGGACAGCGGCCCUUGGACCCCAAAUGCAGACAAGGACGAGGGAAGAGAAGAAGAGCCCAGAAGGAUAUGCCCCAUGGAUGGGGACACAGCGUUGUCAGUCACACAGCAGGUGAUGCUGGCCGUCCCUCCCAAGGACACAGACACCCCCGGGGGCUGAGUCAGCUGAGAAGAGGCCACAUAACCUGCAAGAGAGGAGAGGAGAGUGCGUGUGAGGAAGAGGGUCUCACUCCCAGAGCCGCAGGCUCCCUGCAGCCUCCCCUGGGCCGAGCUGACGUUGGUUCGGAACCCGGCUGGUCCUUCAUGACCUUGGGGGCUGAGCCUGGGGGGCAGCACC